AUGCUGUCGACGCUGGGGCCCCGCCUCCCCAGUCUGCGGCGGGACAUCUGCGUACGAUGCGCCAAGUUGCCUGCGGUCCAAUCGCAACAGAACCGGUCCAGAUGGAUCUCUAUGAGGGUGAUAGCGAAGGAGAAAAGGGCGGCGGAGGAAUGGGCGGAGAAAGCAAAACUCAUUGAGAAGGGAGAGCAUCCCCAUAUCUGGGACUUUUUCGAGGAGCGUGGCUACAUCAAGGACGUCGCAGGGCGCACACCACAGGUCAAGGAACUCCUGCGAACGAAGCGAAUAGGUGCCUAUGUCGGUGUCGACCCGACCGCACAAUCCCUCCACGUCGGCCACCUCCUUCCCAUGAUGCCCCUGUUCUGGAUGUAUCUGAACGGCUACACGGCGGUGUCGCUCAUCGGAGGCGCGACGGGCAGGAUAGGCGACCCGACGGACCGUUUGAAGACGCGCGAGGUCAUGAAGAACAGCGAGGUCCAGACCAACAUCACAAAGAUUCACUACCAGAUGAAGAAGCUCUGGGUCAACAUCGAGGAGCUCGGCAGGAGGCACGGCAUGAAGCCGGACGCCGGGGCGAAGCGGCAUCUCGUGAACAACAACAUGUGGUGGCAGAGUCUGGCAUUGUACGAUGUGAUGAAGAGGCUAGGACGUUACCUGCGCAUAGGGCCCAUGUUGUCCCGCGAUACCGUCAAGAAUAAACUCGAAAAGGGCGACGGCAUGUCUCUCGCCGAGUUCGUCUACCCUCUGAUGCAGGGCUGGGACUUUUGGCACCUGUAUUCCAAACUCGGCGUGCAAAUGCAGAUCGGAGGCUCCGACCAGUUCGGCAACAUCGUGACAGGCAUCGAAUCCGUCAAGACGAUCCGCGAGUCCGAAGAGAACCCCCACUUAAAGCUGCCCAGCCACUGGACGGAUGACCCCAUCGGCUUCACCGUGCCGCUCCUGACAGACUCCUCGGGCGCGAAGUUUGGCAAGAGCGCCGGCAACGCCAUCUGGCUCGACCCCUUCGCGACCAGCGCCUUCGACCUCUACGGCUACUUCAUGAGACGCUCCGACGCCGAGGUCGGGAAGCUCCUCCGCCUCUUCACCUUCCUCUCGAACGAAAAGAUCGACGCCUUGAUGCGCGAGCACGAGCAAGAUCCGCCCAAGCGCGUCGCGCAGCACACCCUCGCCUUCGAGGUCCUGAGCCUCGUCCACGGCUCCACUGUCGCCGUCCGCGAACAGCAGCAGCACAAGCUCUUGCACGGCAAGGGUGGCGCCGCCGUCGACGCCGAUGGCAACCCGUACCAGGCCGUCGAGGGCCACCCCACGACGCUGAACAACGCCCCGAAGAUGGACAUGCAGCUCCCCGCCGACCUGAUCUACAACCGGGGCAUCGCGCGCAUCCUCCACGCCGCGGGCCUGAGCAGCUCCGUCAGCGAGGCCAACCGUCUCGCCUCGGGCAGCGGCGCCUACGUCGCCGCCGCCCCGGGCAAGGACAUGCGCGGUAUCGUCCCCGGCAACCUGGACUGGACGCCCGUCAAGCUGUGGUUCCCCAAGGACGUGCCCAAGUUCCUCAUCGACGACCGCAUCCUCAUCCUCCGCAAGGGCAAGCACAACGUGCGUAUCGUCGAGGUCGUCAGCGAUGAGGAGUGGGAGAAGAGCGGCCAGUCAUACCCCGGCGAGCCGCUCAAGGGCAAGACGCGCGUGAUGAUCCAGAAGCUCAAGGAAGUCGCGAAGGAGGAAGGCAAGUCGCCAUCGCAGAGGGAAUUGAUGAAGAUGGUCAAGCAGAAGCUGGGGGAGGAGGAGGAGGCUGUUGAGGUGGCGAACAACCCAGACAUCCAGUUCCCCACGAGGAGCGAGCGCGUGCGCGUGCGGGAAGCACUCAAGGACUCCCAGGGGAAAGAUGAAAAGAAAUGA